UAUAAGGAGUGCACGAGACUUCAUGGGCUUCUUGAUGCAGGCUCGCCGAGUGGUUGAUGAUCAAGUGGCUGGAACAUUCAUUCUCAUUUCCUCUGGAUCUAAACUACUGAAGUGCUCUGAAGAUGGGGACACCGUGACCCACUCAGACAAAUCACUGAAGAGAAACCUCUCCUUCAUUUGGAAAGCACCAGAGCAACUCACUGGCGACAUCAAGUUUUUUGUUUCAGCUGUCCAGUCAUACUUCAUUUACUGGACCAGAAUCGAAUCUGGUCUCAUUUCUGACCAAAAACAGAAUUAUUCCAUUGCAAUGCAGAAUGAAGAAUUGAAGGAAAUAUUUCAGGCAUCUGCAUAUAAUAGGACUACAGCCAGGACUGCUCUUUCUAUUGAAGCAGAUUACAUCAAUCCUCAAGCAACUUCUCAGAUGACACAGGAACUUUCACAAAUUCCAUUCGUCACUACAGAAUGGACCCUCAGACCACAGACUGCUCAUGUGAAAAAACAUUUGCCUGAAUUGUCCAAAUAUUCUCAAGAUCACAGCCCUUUGACCUCACAAUCCACCUUGCAACAGAAUCAGAACGAGAGGCAUCUGCAGCCGUCCCUGAAUUCUGCUAACAGAGAUAUACUGACUGGUAUCCAGAUUCCGGACAGCAGCCUUCUGCUGAAAACCGCAGACUUGAAGAUUCAUGAAGGUGAAGAUACGCUGAAUAGUGAUUUCCAUCUAGCCUUUCAACCUUGUGUGAAUUGCAAUGAUAUUGUGCAAGUCAGCACCUGGGCCACUUCUGAAACUAACUCAGAAUUUUCAGCAGCAAUUUCUUUGCCAAUAAAAACUGGACAACAGUAUUCUACCUUUAGGUUUUCUGACAUCACUCCUCGUGAGGAAAUGGAUUGGGCACCUGCGGAUAAAGACAGUAUCAAAAACCAAAGAACUAAAGCCAUUCUAGACAUUGGAUUAUUUUCAAAUGUAAUGAACAUAAAUCCAACGCUCACUGAAAACCAGCCGACACCACAUCAUGCUUCUGUAAACCUCCUGCAAUUGGUCAAAAACUCAGGUUCCAGAACUGAUCUGGGAAAAGUGGUCAGAAACAUAUCCCUCGGGGUGACACAAACCAUGCAGAAAGAAAGUGUAACAAGUCGAGAAGAUAGUCCUGCUAACGGAGCAAAAUUGGGCGUUCCUCAAUUGACAAUGCUACUUGGCUGUUCUGCUGCACUUGGCAUGGCAUUAGCAGUAGGGUUACGUCAUUUUCUUUCCCAGUAUUGUCGAAAACAUACAGAGGUAUCCUUUGGCAACCCAGACAGCAGCAGCAUCAUCAGUGUGGGAGAGAGUGGUGAGCUGGUGCAUGUCAGAAAGAUACGUGAAAAUAGCUUUGUACUUGUUCAGGCUGAAUACAAUGUGAUCACGCCAUCAAGCACUGCUGAAAAGUAACUGUGUUGGCCUUUGUAAGAAUUUUUAAUUCAUUAUAUAUCACAGAUUCAUUAGAAUGUACUGUUAUAUUACAUUGUGAACUCCAUUACUGUCUGCAUGAAUGAAGAGAGAUUUGCAAUCUUCGUAUGCUCAAUCCCAGCAUGUCCUCUUGCACGCACAGAUUGCAAAUAUUCUUAUUUCACCCAUUUUUCAAUUCCACAUUUUCCCUAAUGCAAGGCCAGUGAAUAUCUUGAAAUGUAUUCAUGCUCAAAGUCAACAUUUAGGCUUGCCUGUUGGCUGAAAGAGUGCAUGUAUAAAGCAGCCUUGGUUGCAACAGGGGUUCGGGGAGAUGGAGGUGCAGAAGAAUAUUAACUCUUUUUAAAGUCUCUCCACUGAUCUAGUAAUCUUCCAAAUAAUUCCAUUUGUAUUGGUGGUGAUUUAUAUUAGAGUGCAGACUCUUGUUGAGGGGCUGGGGAUCUUCUUUGCUGCUGGAGAGUGGCGAGAGAUCCAUGUUACCUCUUUUCAGGAAGGCCCACCUGAGUGAACCAAUCAGACAGUACCAAGGCUUGUGGUGGGCCUUUCACUGGAAUUGGGAUCCACUGGUGAGGCUGCUUCCGGAACGAUUGGCACCAAAAUCCCCAGAAUCGAGAAGUGAGCCAGGCCAAAGCUAACUGAUGUUAGGAGGGGUUUUGCAGGGAGGUGGGAGGAGUGGUCAGGAGAAAGGACAGGGUGUUGUCUCUCAGUCAAAUCCCCCCCAUCCCCGCUUCCUGAUGUCAUACCUUGGUGAAGUGCUGCGCACCUUUGAUUGAGAGACCUGUCAAGCUGGUCACACCAUUUUACCUGUCACGCACAUUGCAUAUCGACAGGCCUGUCUGCAGCUAAGUUAAUACAAGUGACUUUACAUAGUCAUUAAUUUGCCACAAAGGGCCUCAAUUGUCAGUUGGUCAGGAAGUCUGACUAUGGGCUUUCUGGCCCCUGACUUAAUUCUGGUAGAGGCCAAAGAAUGUGGGGUUCAGGUACACCACCAUCCCACCUAAGUAAAUGUCCUUCCCAUCUUCAAGUUUGCCAUGAGUGAGGACAAAAGAUUCUGCCUGUGGAUACAUCUUCAGUAGUUACUGAUCUGCUGUUUAUUGUUAACUGGCACAAUUCUGUCAAUAUUGUUACGCGUGUUAGAUUCCCAAUGAAUGACACUUCCCAUGUAAUCAUGCUUGAAGAGGCAUCGUCACCUUUAAAUUAGCAGCAAAAAGGUGGGGUUACUAUUUUUUGUUAUCAUAAACAAAAUUCUGCCAUUUUUCACCUGAAAAAAGAGGGCUUCCAUCAGCAAAUGAUGGGAGGAGAUUUACGAUUCAUCAAACAUGAUCUAAAAGCUUUUCUUCAACUCUUAAAAUUAGUUUUGAAUUUUCCUGUCCUGGUUCUGUUUGGAAGAUUUUUUUGUAACUUCUGAUAAAUGGAUUUUUUUUGAUCCUGAUUUAAAUGUGAAUUAAAAUGUGAACAUUUCUGCUGUAAUUUGCAAAGUAAGGCCCAUACACAAUGGUUGAUGGGUAAGCACGUUGAAUUUUUACUACAGUUCUCAAAAGCAGCAGAAACUGAUUUCAGAAGAACUCACCGGCCAACUCUGCUACCAUUCAAUAUUACCUGUAACCACUAAACAAGCCCUAAACCUGAUUUCACAGCAUGUCCAUAUACCAUUUUAGAGUGUGUGAAAGUAUUUAAAAAUGACCAAGGCUGUAUCAGUUUUAUGCUGAUGUGAAGCAGUUGGGUGUGAAUUGAUGGAGAAGUAGCUUAUGGUAUUAGCUUAAGCAAGUCGUGUGUGUCUCACUUUUGAGGUCUGGUCACACAGUAGGCAUUCACACCAAUUUAGUAUCAUUUUACAUUAAGACUAGCUUCUGUUUCAUGAGGUAUGCAAAUUAAAGGUGCAGCGAUUUUCUGAUUCCUAAAUCAUAAACUGAUACAUCGCAUUAACAUUGUUUUCAUGCAAUUGUUCAGUGUUUACUUGAUGCCUAGACAGGAAAUUAUAUCUUGAGUAUGAUUUGACUUGUUCAUUACUGUUUUUUGCAUUGCAUUGUUAACAAAAAUUUGCAUUCGUUAAGUUACGAGGCCACAGUUGAUUGCAAUUGAUUGUUUAACAAUAGAAUACGGAAGAUGCUUGUCUCCAGAAGUUUGCAUUAUAGUGAAACUGGAAUGUAAUUCUGAGCACACAAAGCACCUUGAGUUCUAAAAAUAAAUCUCAACUUGUAUAAAUUCCUAUUUUCUGUAAUUAGAUCAUUAACAAUUUUUUUGUAUGUUCUUUUGCAAACAACUCUCUCGAGGAAGUUUUGCAAUCUUUACCACCAUUUGUGUGAAUAGGUUGUUCUGUUUAAGCAAUAUAAGUUCUGCAUAUGAUUAAGAAUCAGUAAUUAACUCUAGUCUGUCUAUUAAAAAGUGUACUUGCA